AAAAUGAAAAUAAAAAAAUAAAAAGUUAAAGUUGGUCUUUCCUCUGGGUUCCUGAAACACACCAUGGAAUCUGCUGUCAGAACCACUUACAAUAAAGUUGUCCUAUUUACAGGUUUUUGAUAAGCUGUUUUUAUUCUUUAAUGAAUAAGAAACGAUGCCAUUAUCCCCUACAAAAUAGCUGAGGUUUUACUUGAACAAAAUCUGUUUGGAAAUGCUAAGCUGGUUACACAGAACUAAUAUGCCUCAAGGUGGUCAUUCUCUCUGGAUUAAAGCUGUGGAACAAUUGUGGCUCCUGUUACAAGGAAAACGACAAAGGGCCAUUAUGAAAAGGGACAAAAAUCUCUGUUCCCAGGGGGGCACUGACAAGCUGAAAGUCCUCCUCUACAUGCCAACACAAAAGCCUGAUUGCCUCAGAUUGUUUGUUUAUGUAAAUCAAAAGGCUGCCAUUAGUUCAGCAAGUGAGGCUGCCCAGCGACAAAGAAGGUGGUGAUUGGCUGGAUGCUUGCUCCUGGGCUGGUGGCAAAUCUGACAAAUCCUAUUGCUUUUGUUCUAAGCUCUAUCUGGACACCUUUAGGAAAAGCAGUUUGUUAUUAUGUACUGAAGCAAAUACUUUGUAUUCUCAGAGUAGGAGGUGGAACUAUAGAACUUGAAGGGGAGAGAACACAUCUAGCAAAGAUCUUUUCCUUCAGUUUCUCCAAAGCUUUCUUUGGGUUCUUGGACUCAACUGUACAUCAUGACAGACGUUCCAGGGACACUCAGUCAGGCUGAGUGCAAUGGGGAUACACCACCUGAAAAUGGUCAACAACCAAUCACUAAAACAAAUGAGGGAUCCAGUGAUGUGGAUGGUACCUCACCAUACUACAGGGUAGAACCCCAUCUUGAAGACUUACCCACAGAAGGAAAUCAGGAGAAAAGUGAAAAAUUACAAGGGAAUAUGGUAGUCAACUGGUCCACUGAUGAGAAGAUUCUAAAAGAAAAACCCGAAGAGAAUCUUUUUCUUGUUCAUAAGGCUAUCACAGAUCUUUCUCUCCAAGAAACAAGUGUUGAUGAAAUGACAUUCAGAGAAGGACAUCAAUGGGAGAAGAUUCCUCGGAGCAUCAGUAGCCAGGAAAUAAGUAGACAAAAGGAAAGGAUUACUGAACAACCUCUAGAAGAGAAGGAAGAGGAGGAUGGGAAGAGCAAAGCUCACCAGGCAACUGAAAUGGAAUGGUUGGGAUUUCGGAAACCUAGCCAAGUUGAUGUGUUGCAUUCUAAACAUGAGGAGGAGCAAGAGGUUUGGGAUGAAGAAAUUAAUAAUGAUGACGAUGAUUGCAAUGAUGAUGAAGAUGAAGUUCGAGUAAUAGAAUUUAAGAAAAAAAAUGAAGAGGGUUCUCAAUUAAAAGAGGAAGUUGAUGCAAACGAGGACUCGCCACUGAGCAGCCCCAGUUCCCAACCUGUGACACCUGAGGAGCAGCCAACCUUUGGGAAGAAGAGUGAUAUCUCUAGAAAUGCUUAUUCAAGAUACAAUACAAUAUCCUAUCGGAAAAUCAGGAAGGGGAACACCAAGCAGAGAAUUGAUGAAUUCGAGUCUAUGAUGCACUUAUAAACUAAAUGGAACGAGGAAAUUCUCCUGCCCACUAAAGCAAAAGCUAAUUCUAUUUUCCUGAGAUGCAUCUUUGCAUGUCUUAUUUGAGUCAUCCCCUUUAAAGAUGUGAAACCUUAAUCUCUGUUUCACUGUAGAAUAAUAUGGAAAUAAUCCUAGACAAAAUUCAGUCUGGUAACCUCAAGUCAAAAAGCUUUAGAUUCAUUCGUGGGCAUUUGCUUUUUAAAAUUUCACUAAUACAGCCUUGUGUGAUAAGCACUAAACAGCAAACAGCAAGCACCCCUGGAGAAUCUGGCAUGAUUUGGCUUUAAAAGUAGCAACACUGAGAAAUACAGUCAUCAGAUGAAAGAGGACUAUGAGAAAUGACCUGUAUCUCUUUUGGUGUCUUUCUUCCUGCACACUGAGGGUGCUAGAAAGUCUGGUAUUAAACUUCUCUUUCUUUUAAACAUGUUUUUAUAGACACUGGCAAUAAGCUGUCCAAAAUGUUUUGCUUUUUCUAUUAUCUUCAAAUAAGAUUUUAAGUGGUUUUCCUUAGCCUUUAGAGUGAAAAGUCUGUACAGGCCUUCUUCCUAGGUGUUACCAUUCACUGAAUUUUCUCACUAGAGGGGCCGAGCAAUUGUCAGUCAGGAAAAUUCUGACUAAAUGUUGGCUUUAUGCACUCAAGAUGAAUAAAAUCCACUGUGAGGUUGAUAUAGGGAGGGGCUAGAAAAAUUGGUGGGCAAUAGACUAAAGAGUCAGAUACUUUAUUUCUGUAACUGAAAAUAAAAUCUCGUCUAGCACAGUUAAAGUCAUUACAAGUGAAAAUGACAGCUUUAGCACAAUUUUAAGAAAAUACCCCUCUCUAUUACCACACUUUCUCUUAUUAACAGUAUCUCAGAAUAAUUUUCUUUCCUUAGAAACCCAAGACAACUCUAGUCAUAACUGUACUAGUUACUAUGAUAAUGGAAAUAAUUAUCUUAGGAUAUUUUCAAAGUAGAAUGUGAGUAUGUAUUUUUAGUGAGAAAGCUCUGAUAGUUGUUGGGAAUAUAUAAUUUACUGGACCUCAGCCCAAAUCAAGAUGCUUAAAAUUGUGCCUAUGGAGCUUCACUCAAGCCAGUGUGUCAAAUAAUGUAUUAAAUAUUUAUGAAAAGGGAGAAUCUAUAUUUAUAUUCUUAGAUAGUUUCAUAAUUUUUCAUUUCAGGCUCCCGUAUAUAUCACCCUGAACUUUCUGUCACCACAGAUAAAGAUAUUUUUGGCCCUGCAAAUAAAAAGACAAUUCCUUAUUGUCUGAAUGUAAUACAGUCUUCAUUGUACUAUUCAACCCUUUGUUUAUUUCUUUUUCACUUUGUGAAAAUACCCAGAUUAGGCCUUCUUAGAUUAUUGCUUAUUUAUGUGUAACAAAUCCCACACAUUCUAAUGGAAAUUUCUUUAAUUCUCCCUGGUCAUAUAAUAUAUUUCCAUGGUAUCAUAUACUAUUAUUUACUGUUUACAAGACUCAAUUUUGAAUUCAAGAUUGAAGAGGUUCUUUUAUCCUUUCAAACAGAUAUUUUGCAACCUGAUCAUGUAAAAGUCUGUUGCUCUUCAUCUGUAGAACCUAUAGAUUUCCUUCUUGAUAAUCCAAGUUUUCAGAAGGAAGCCAGGGAAAUCAGGUGUUUAUUGGUAAAUUUAGGUAAAAGAUUGGUGCACUCAGACAAUUUCCUAUUUAUUUAGAUACUCUGUUCCACCUGGACAACCUAUUUUCUUUUCUGGAUUACUGAUGACCCCUACAAUUUUCUACUUAGCUUCAAAGCACGGUAUUUUAUUAUCCAUCAUGGAAGAGGAGCAUAUCGUUAACCUACCAUCAACAGAACCUCUAUUUCUAAUUGUCCCAGCAGAAGUGUUGAAUUCCUGCAGAAUUUGAGUGAGCUGGGUGGUCUAUGGUGUGACAUGGCCAAGCAACUGGAUCUUAUGGGGAUCCAACACAUAGUAACCCUGGCCUUUUUAGCUUUGUGCUCUUACCAUAUAAUUAACCAAACAUGAAAGAUUUUGUCAACAAAGACUUUAUCAGGGUAUGUUCAAUGAGCAAAUGCUCAGUGCUUAUGGGUGAGGCAGUGUAGCUACAAAAGAGCACGGAAACUACUCUUUGACAUUAAUGCCCAUUGCCCUGUGCUGCCAUCUUACACUAAGGCCACAGAGUUAAGUGAUCAUAAGUAACAUUGAUGGGGUUAGGUGACUAUUUAAUUCUUUAUAACCUAGGAAAGGCAAGGGUAUGGUUCUGAUUUCAGGAGGGAUAUUUAACAUAUUAGACACUCUUACAAGACAAGGUAGAACACAAAUUGGUAACUAUACUGGAAGAUUUACUGCUUUUGUGAUUCAAGGUUCAGGGGUAGAUGGAAGAAGGACUCUGGUACCUGUUAGGAGGGAAAAUUGAUUUCUGUGAGAAUGUUGCUAUUUCUUACAUGACUUAAUUUUUCUUAGUUUUGGGGUGAAUAGGAAUUAAUAAAAGCUCUAUUUGUCAAUAUAAAAUUUACCUUUUAUAUAAUGCUACACUGGAAAACGUGGAAUAUGUCAGACUCUAUUAUCUGUCUACAAUUUAAAUAAAGAACUGUUGUGUCUGACUUGCUCUCAAUAAAAGUUUGUGUCCCUGU